UAAAAAGAAGCUCCGGUGGCCGUUGGUCGAGUAUUUGAAAGCUGUCGCCGCAUCAACUAGGUGACCAUUACCUACCCGGCACCUUUAAACGAGACCCAGCACCGACCAAUGACUCGUCGCUGAAAAGUAAUUCAUAGGCCCAGGAUAGAAUUCGAAAUCGACCAAAAUGCAGUCCAUGAAAGCCGAUGAGCUGCCGGAGAAUCCGCGCGAGACAUCAAACAUCUUUUCGUCCCUAAUGUUCUGCUUUGCCAUGCCCACAUUCUUCAAGGGGCGUAAAAAGACUCUGGAUGAAAAUGAUUUAUACAGGGCCCUGAAGGAGCACAAAUCAGAUACCCUCGGCGCCCAGCUCAGCGAAGCCUGGGACAAGGAGGUGGAGAAAAAGAGCAAGAAAAAGAAGACCCCCAGCCUGCUGAAGGCCUCGAUGAGCGUCUUCGGAUGGCGCUUAGCUGGCUUGGGCCUGGUGCUCUUCAUUUUGGAGAUCGGUUUCCGAGUCACCCAGCCACUGUGCCUGGGCGGUCUGGUCCGAUUCUAUGCGAAGAACAAUAACACCGAAGAUAACCAGACAGAGGCCUAUCUGUACGCCCUGGGCGUGAUCUUGUGUAGCGCCUUCAAUGUGCUCCUCAUGCAUCCCUACAUGCUGGGCAUGUUCCACCUCGGCAUGAAGGCCAGAAUAGCCAUGACAAGUAUGAUAUAUCGAAAGGCCCUGCGUCUGAGUCGAACGGCACUGGGCGACACCACCAUCGGUCAGGUGGUCAAUCUCAUCUCGAACGAUGUGGGCAGGCUGGACGUCUCCGUCAUCCACAUGAAUUAUUUAUGGCUGGGCCCCGUGGAGAUUGCUAUUAUUACAUAUCUCAUGUACCGAGAGAUUGGCAUAUCCGCCUUCUUUGGCGUGGCCGUCAUGUUGCUGUUCAUACCUCUGCAAGCAUAUCUGGGCAAGAAGACCUCGGUUCUCCGGCUGAAGACCGCCCUGCGAACGGAUGAGCGUGUCCGCAUGAUGAACGAAAUCAUUUCUGGCAUCCAGGUGAUCAAGAUGUACGCCUGGGAGAUCCCAUUCAGCAAGAUGAUAAACUACGUACGCACCAAGGAGAUGAACGCCAUCCGGAAUGUGAACUACAUCCGAGGAACGCUGCAGAGUUUCAUCAUGUUUGUGACGAGGAUAUCAGUGUUUGUGAGUCUGGUGGGAUUUGUGCUCCUCGGACAACUGCUGACGGCGGAGAAGGCUUUCGUGAUCACCGCCUACUACAAUAUUUUGCGAAACACCAUGACCGUCUACUUCCCCAUGGGCAUCUCCCAGUUCGCCGAGCUCCUGGUCUCCAUUCGCCGUAUCCAGACCUUCAUGCUGCACGAGGAGACUAAGGUCAGGGACAAGUCGGAUGACCAGGACGAACAAAAGCUGGGAAAAUCGGGUCUUAUUGCCGAUCCUGCUGCAGCCCAAUCCACUGGAAUCCUGAAACCCAACAGUCGUCGUAGUAGUGAGGCAGAGCAUGGCAUUGUCAUAAACAAACUGAAGUCAAGGUGGAACGCCAAGAGCACGGAUUACACGCUGGACAAUGUGUCCCUUAAGUUUAAGCCACGCCAGCUGGUGGCGGUCAUUGGGCCAGUUGGAUCCGGAAAAUCCAGUUUGAUUCAGGCCGUGUUGGGAGAAUUGCCCCCGGAAUCGGGAUCCGUAAAGGUAAAUGGCAGCGUGUCCUACGCGUCCCAGGAACCUUGGCUCUUCACUGGCACCGUGCGUCAGAAUAUUCUCUUUGGACUGCCCAUGGACAAGCAUCGCUACCGUACGGUGGUGAAGAAGUGUGCUCUGGAGCGGGAUUUCGAGCUGCUUCCCUAUGCCGAUAAGACGAUUGUGGGUGAAAGAGGAGCCUCCCUAUCUGGUGGACAGAAAGCACGUAUCAGUUUGGCCAGGGCUGUCUACAGGAAGGCAGACAUCUACCUCUUGGACGAUCCUCUCAGCGCCGUGGACACUCAUGUGGGUCGCCAUCUAUUCGAUCAGUGUAUGCGUGGUUUCCUGCGGGAUGAAAUUGUCCUAUUGGUCACCCAUCAACUGCAAUUCCUAGAGCAGGCCGACGUAAUUGUGAUCAUGGACAAGGGUAAGAUUAGCGCCAUGGGCACCUACGAAUCCAUGAGCAAGACUGGUCUGGACUUUGCCAAGAUGCUUACGGAUCCCAGCAAGAAGGACGAAGGCGCCGGUGAUGCCGCCGAAAAGAAGGCUCUAUCUCGGCAGAACAGCAAGCUGCGUGACAGACAUGGCAGUAUCUCCUCUAUGGAAUCUGCAGCUGAGUCCUUGGCAGCGGAGUCGCCCAUGCAGACGCAGGAGGGUCGCGUGGAGGGACGCAUCGGCAUGAAGCUGUACAAGAAGUACUUUGGAGCCAAUGGCUAUGGACUGUUUAUUGUUUUCGCUUUCUUCUGCAUCGGCGCUCAGGUGCUGGGUUCUGGUGGAGACAUCUUCCUUUCAUAUUGGGUGAACAAAAAUGGCGAAGCUGAGCAAGAAAACAUCAUGGCCCGAUUGCGACGAGCCUUCCCCGAGACCAGACUUAACGCUGACACCGAUCCGAUAGAUAUAUACUACUUUACUGGCAUCAAUGUGUCCGUCAUCAUCUUCUCCCUGGUGCGAAGCAUGCUGUUCUUCUACCUGGCCAUGCGCAGCUCCACGACAUUGCACAACACCAUGUUCCAGGGCGUGACCCGAGCGGCAAUGCAUUUCUUCAACACUAAUCCCUCCGGUCGUAUUCUUAACCGUUUCUCCAAGGAUUUGGGUCAGGUGGACGAGAUCCUGCCCUCGGUUAUGAUGGACGUAAUGCAGAUUUUCCUCGCCAUCGUCGGUAUUGUCGUGGUAUUGUGCAUCGUCAACGUCUGGUAUAUCCUGGCCACCCUCUUCCUGGUGAUUAUAUUCUACGGUCUGCGAGUCUUUUAUCUCAAUACCUCAAGAGAUGUUAAGCGCCUGGAAGCAGUCACACGAUCCCCCAUCUACUCCCACUUGAGUGCGUCUCUGAAUGGCUUGGCCACGAUCCGAGCUUUUGGAGCUCAGAAGGAACUUAUCGCCGAAUUCGACAACUACCAGGACAUGCACAGCUCCGGCUACUACAUGUUCUUGGCCACAAGCCGAGCCUUUGGAUACUGGUUGGAUUGCGUUUGUGUGCUCUACAUCGCGGUGAUCACGCUUAGCUUCUUCCUCUUCACCCCCGAGAAUGGUGGUGAUGUUGGUCUGGCCAUCACCCAGGCUAUGGGCAUGACGGGCAUGGUGCAGUGGGGUAUGCGACAAUCGGCGGAACUGGAGAACACAAUGACGGCAGUAGAACGAGUGGUCGAGUACGAGGAUCUGGAGCCGGAGGGUGACUUUGAGUCCAAGCCGAACAAGAAGCCUCCAAAGGAUUGGCCUGAGGAUGGAAAGAUUGUGUUUGAUGACCUCUCGCUGAAAUACUUCCCCGACAAGGCGGCCGAUUAUGUACUGCGCUCCUUGAACAUUGCCAUCCAGGGCUGUGAGAAGGUGGGCAUCGUGGGACGCACUGGCGCUGGAAAAUCCUCGCUCAUCAACGCUCUAUUCCGUCUGUCCUACAACGAGGGCGCCAUCCUCAUCGACAGGCGGGAUACCAACGAUCUGGGACUUCACGAUCUUCGCAGCAAGAUAUCCAUUAUUCCGCAGGAACCUGUUCUCUUUUCGGGCACGAUGCGUUACAACCUGGAUCCCUUUGAUGAAUACAGUGAUGCCAAGUUGUGGGAGUCCCUGGAGGAGGUGAAGCUCAAGCAAGUGGUGGCCGAUUUGCCCAGCGGAUUGCAAAGCAAAAUAUCCGAAGGUGGCACCAACUUCAGCGUGGGUCAGAGGCAGCUGGUGUGCCUGGCCAGAGCUAUUCUCCGCGAGAAUCGAAUUCUGGUUAUGGACGAGGCCACCGCAAACGUAGACCCCCAAACGGACGCGCUCAUCCAGACGACAAUUAGGAACAAGUUUAAGGAUUGCACAGUGCUCACAAUCGCUCAUCGGCUCCAUACUGUGAUGGACUCGGACAAGGUGCUGGUUAUGGAUGCAGGCAGGGCGGUGGAGUUCGCUUCUCCGUUCGAGCUGCUGACGGUUAGCGAGAAGAAGGUGUUCCAUGCAAUGGUGAAGCAGACAGGAGAUGCCACGUUCGAUGCUCUGCUGAAGGUUGCACAGAAGGCCCAUGAGGAAAACCUGCGGCUGAAGAAGGAUUCUUGACAUUUCGCCGUUCCGAAGGCUUUCAAAGACUACAUACUUAAGAUACUGGAACCAAUUACGAAUCACCCGGCGGCCAAUGCGGGCAUACAGAAGACCUUCCUCUUUGCGGAGGCCUCCAAGCAAAAGUUACUAGGAUAGCAGAACAGCUGCGGCUAAAGAAUUUUUUACAAAUCGUGUACAAAUCAAAUUAAUUGUUAGGCAGAUGUAUAAAACUAGAGAUUCGGUGAGAAAUCAAAACAGCAAGACAAUAAGAAUACGAGAGUAGAAGAAAGUAGGAAGUAAAUGUUUUUAUACCGUCAGGAGAGAAGAAAUCAAAGUGUGCAAUAAUUAAUUUUAGCUGAACUUUAUGCAUUGACCUUCAAAAGGUCGCAUUGCAUUUGUAUUAUGUGUUCCAGUAAUACGACAAUAACAACCUACAAAAAAGAAAAACAAAUCAAAAAUUACAAAAAACAAAACGAAAAACAAAAAAAAAAGAAUUCUAUGAAAUGUUACACCUAGUAUUAAUAUAUAUGUGUGUUUUUUAUAGUAAUUUAUUAAUGUACAGGUUUACAAUAAAUGUAACAGUUCGGUUGGAUCUUUUGUUAACACA